AGACUCGCACGAAAUGUUGCGUGCCUUCGCGAACUUUCAGCCUAGUUUGUUCUGGAAUCUCGAAAUUUCUGCCACUCCUGUUCCGAUUUGACCUCUCCACUCCGACAUUGCUUCCAAGCGUAUAUAUAAGAGAAAUGAACACCAGCGCUCCAACGCACUUUUCAGUCGAAAGCAGAGAUUUUCAACUAGCUUAGAGCUCAUUUACAUCUCCAUCGUCAGCGUUGUUGAGAUCGCCUACAUCGCUGCGGCAAAGUACCUCACUUAUAGUUCUCACUUGAUUCGCGCAACUUUGUCAGCAGUUCGCCGACGAAUUGACACAAAUUGUGCACGGAUUAUAAUUUCUGCCGGGAGCUUGGCACUCUCUGUAUCUCGCAGGAUAAGCGAUCCGUUCAUUGACUAUGGAUAUCAUCUUCGGGCGCGAUCCUCUGACCAGUGCUCUUACCCACAUUUUGAACAGCCCCGAGGAGUAUGAGAGGUCGCACAACCCGUCAACUAGAACCUACGUCCGGGAGGCGAAGGCCAUGUUCAAUACUUGCGUGGACGUGAAGGAGUUGCCGAACGCUUACGUCUUCGUCGCAGACAUGCCAGGACUCAAGUCAGGGGAUAUCAAGGUGCAAGUGGAGAAUGAUAACGUCCUGACAAUCGGCGGAGAGCGAAAGCGCGACGAAUCGAAGGAUGAGGCCAAGUUUCUGCGUAUGGAGCGACCUGCGGGAAAGUUCUUGAGGAAGUUCACUCUCCCCAGUAAUGCGAAGCUGGAUGAGAUCCAAGCGGCUUGCACCGACGGAGUUCUCACGAUCACCGUUCCCAAAAUCCCACCACCUGAGCCUCACAAACCCAAGACCAUUGAAGUCACAGUCGGUUGAAGAAGGGAAGUGGGCCGUCACUCGUGAAUAAGCUGAUGACUCAGGUAAUCUGCAUCGUUUGGCUACCACGUCUGGUCUUCAUCAGCAUCCUCGGGAAACAAAUCCCGUAACAGAUUCCCAGACACAGAGGCGCUGCUCUUUCUGUUGGAGAAAACAAAGCAAACAUGUGGAAGAUUUUGCGGCCUCGAAGACAGGGGAGGUUCUCCAGUAUACAAUACUUUCAUUGCUCUGAAGAUGGACGAUAUGUCGAUGCGACUUGCUCGCACGAGAAAGAUCUAUCAGAGCCUCGUGGGAGGAUUUUUUGAACAGAAGUACGUCCGGAACGACGGCGUGGUUAGGACAAUUUUUGAACUAGGAAUGGGAAGCGAAUCGUGGGGCGUAUACCGAGAACUUAUAUGGCGCAUUGUGUUUGUUCGCAUGUACCUUAUCUCAGCAGACAAUACAGAUAUAAGAUUUUGGAUUACUGCGAAUUCGAUCACUUUCAGUCAUAGCCCCUGAGGCACGUACAAUGUUUGCAUUCGUCCCUCUUGGAUGUGUACAAAAGCACGAAUUCGAUAUUGGAGUCUAGAUCGGAAAAUUGUUCGG